AUGGAAAAUUAUAAUCAAACGUCAACUGAUUUCAUUUUAUUGGGGCUGUUUCCACCAUCAAAAAUUGGCCUGUUCUUCUUCAUUCUCUUUGUUCUGAUUUUCCUAAUGGCUCUGUUUGGCAACUUGUCCCUAAUGUUUCUCAUCUUCCUGGACACCCAUCUCCACACAUCCAUGUAUUUUUUACUUAGUCAGCUCUCCAUCAUUGACUUGAAUCACAUCUCCGCCAUUGUCCCCAAAAUGGUUUCUAAUUUUCUUUUUGGAAAUAAAUCUAUCUCUCUUAUUGGAUGUGGGGCUCAGAGCUUCUUUUUCUUGACUUUAGGAGGUGCCAAAGCACUGCUCUUGACAUCUAUGGCCUAUGAUCGUUAUAUUGCUAUUUGCUUUCCUCUCCACUAUUCCAUUAGUAUGAACAAAAGCGUGUGUGUGCUGAUGGUAAUAGGAUCUUGGAUAAUGGGCUUUGUAAACUCUUGCUCCCACACCACAUAUGCCUUCCAUAUCCCUUAUUGUCAAUCCAGAGCCAUCAACCAUUUCUUCUGUGAUGUCCCAGCCAUGUUGACUCUGGCCUGCAUGGAUACCUGGGUUUAUGAGUACACAGAGUUUAUGAGCACCAUCCUCUUCCUUGUGUUUCCUUUCAUUGGCAUUGCAUGUUCCUAUGGCCGGGUUGUCCUUGCUGUCAACCACAUGCACUCAGCAGAAGGGAGGAAGAAGGUGUAUUCCACCUGCAGCACCCACCUGACUGUGGUGUCUUUCUAUGUUCCACUUUUUUACACUUAUCUACAUCCAAGAUCCCUCAGAUCUCCAACAAAGGACAAGGUUCUGGCUGUCUUCUACACCAUCCUGACCCCAAUCCUAAACCCCAUCAUCUACAGCCUGAGAAACAGAGAGGUGAUGGGGGCCCUAAGAAAAGUGAUUCAGAGAAUCUGCACUGAAAAAAUGUAG